CAGAGAAGUGGACGGGACCCAGGGGAGGGGAGCGGGGACGAUGACGGACCAGGAAGAGAAGGUGGACGGGACUUCGGCUCCCUGCGUCAAAGCUGGCUCUCCAGACCAGGAGGGCUUCUUCAACCUGCUGAGCCACGUACAGGGCGACCGGAUGGAGGAGCAGCGGUGCUCGAUGCAGGCAGGGCCGGGUCCGACUUCUGAGAGCCAGAGUGGCCCUGCACCCGAGAUGGACAGUCUCAUGGACAUGCUGGCCAGUACCCAGGGCCGCCGUAUGGAUGACCAGCGUGUGACAGUCAGCAGCCUGCCUGGCUUCCAGCCCAUAGGCCCCAAGGACGGAGUGCAGAAACGAGCCGGGACGCUCAGCCCCCAACCCCUCCUCACCCCUCAAGACCCGACUGCUCUCAGCUUCCGUCGGAACAGCAGCCCCCAACCCCAGACACAAGCCCCAUGAAGGCCUGAGCCAUCCUGGGCCCUGCUUGGCCCCUGAAAACAGACAAUAAAACACUUCCACAAGAAACAAGAAACCGUGUAUG